AAGCUGCUGCAGAAGCGUGUUGCAAUAGAGGCAGUAGGAGUGUUUAUAAAAAUUAAUAAACGAAUAAAUAAAUUAUAAAAAAAAAAAAAAAAACAGCAGUUUGUAACUUAAAAGUCUUAGUGCAUAUUUUUUUUGUUCUUUCUUUAAGGCAGUAAAGACAUGGCUUGCAGAAACUUGAGCAGCCUGUGGCACUGGCGCCCGCUUUGGGUUUCUGCAAAGCUGCAAGCUUUUGCUUACGGUUCGGUCGCCUCUGACCCCAGCGGGUCGGACGGGACAGGCAACAAAUGCCCGGCCACCCCGACCCAAAAGCACCAACCAGGGGGGAAAGAUUCGGUCCCGGUGCCGGGAAGGUCGUAUUCCUCCGCCGCUCCCAAAGCGGACUCCAAGACGUUCUUGUGGGCUCGCUAUAAUGAAAUGAAGCGGCUUGUGCACGAUCUGCUUCCUCCAGGCGUGUGCAACCUGCUGAACCCAGCCACGAUCUACGCCAACAACGAGGUCAACCUGCACGAGGUGGACAUCUACGGCUUUGACUACGAUUACACCCUGGCUCUGUACUCGAGCGCGCUGAACAACAUGAUCUACGACGCGGCCAGAGACUUCCUCGUAGAGAGCUUCAAGUACCCUGAAGACCUCCGGAAAUACGACUACCUGCCCAAUUUUGCCGCCAGGGGUCUGCACUACGAUAUCCAAAAGGGUUUGCUGAUGAAAAUUGACGCCUUUCAUUAUAUCCAGUUGGGGACAGUUUACAGGGGGCUGAAGCCGGUCCCGGAUGACGAAGUCAUCGAGCUGUAUGGUGGGACGCACCAUAUCCCUCUGCACCAAGUUAGCGACUUCUAUGGCAAGGGUCCCAAAAUGAAGCAGUUCAUGGAUAUUUUCUCCAUUCCUGAAAUGACUCUGCUGGCUUCCGCCAACGACUUCUUCAUCAGCAACAACAUAGACUACGACCCUGUGCAUCUUUACAAGGAUGUUUCGGACGCCAUUGGGAACGUGCACAUCAAGGGCUACAUGUACAGAUGGAUCAUGCAGGAUCUCGAGAAAUACAUUCUGAGAGGAGACGAGACGUACGCUGUGCUGCAGAGGCUGGUCAGCCAGGGGAAGAAGCUUUUCCUGAUCACUAACAGCCCGUUCAGCUUCGUUGACAAAGGAAUGAAGUACAUGGUUGGGAAGGAGUGGAGGGAGUUCUUCGAUGUCGUCAUAGUGCAGGCUGACAAACCCCACUUCUUCAACAACUGCAUCAAACCUUUCCGUCGUUUGGACUGCAAUGGUGACCUGCAGUGGGACAAAAUCACCGCCUUGGAAAAGGGUCAGAUCUACAAAGAGGGGAACCUGUUUGACUUCUUAAGGCUGACUGGGUGGAGAGGGCCCAAAGUUCUGUACUUCGGAGAUCACCUGUACAGCGAUCUCGCCGACCUGAUGCUGCGCCACGGCUGGAAGACUGGCGCCAUAGUGCCCGAGCUGGAAGUGGAGACAAAGCUGGUGAAUACGGAGCAGUACGCCCAGAGCCUCACCUGGCUGCAGGCACUCACGGGACUGCUGGAGCGCAUGCAGGUGCAUCGAGACCCGGAGUCUCGGAAGGUUCUCCAGGACUGGCUGAAGGAGAGGGAGGAGCUCAGGGCUGUGACCAAGAACUUGUUCAACCCCCAGUUUGGAAGCAUCUUCCGGACCUGCCACAACCCCACCUACUUCUCCAGACGCCUCUGCAGGUUCUCUGACCUCUACAUGGCCUCCAUCAGCUGCCUGCUGAACUACGACCUCAGCUACACCUUCUACCCCCGACGCACCCCCCUGCAGCACGAGGCCCCGCUGUGGAUGGACCAGCUGUGCACCGGCUGCAUGAAAACCCCCUUCCUGGACGAGAUGGCUCACAUCCGCUAAGGGGGAGCGAAGCACAGAGACUGAGCAGAAACUGCAGGGGAACGGCAGGCCCUGCUGGGGACAUCUCGAACUGCAGGAAAAUAACACAACAGGGGCAGGGCUUAGCAAACAACAGUCCUGGGGCCUCCCUGUGGCUACUGAUCUCUCAAUUACUUAACUAGAGCCUUAGCUGAACUAAUCUGCUUACUUUAACUUUCUUUAUUUCAGCUUGUAAAGUUGCAGAUUUUGGGUUUACUUUAUAAAAUUGUAUAGUUAACUUGACCCCCAGGACCACGGUUGGGAAGCGCUGCUCUAGGAACCCUGAAUUCUUCAUAGUCAUUUGUUGGAUGGGGUUGGGGGUAAAAUCUAGAAUAUUGAUACUAAUGUUUUUGGAGAUGUUGGAGGAAUUAUUAGGCACAAAACUGGAUGUAUUAUUAAUAAUAAUAAUAAUAAUAAUUCAAAACUUAGUGGUGAAACGCAGCCUGGAGUUGGUGGGAAUUGCAAUUAUAAACCAGACUCUUUUUUUUUUUUUUUUUUUUUUUUUUUUUUUUUU